UGCGAUGGUGUUGGGGAAGGCGUGGUGGUGGGAUCGCGAAAGUAGGCAGGAAAGGGGUCUGGCAAAAGGUUGGCAGGGGUCGCGCAGUCCACACUAGUAAAUUCCCCGUCUCCGUGCGCGCCGGUGGGCAACGUCCUCUGCGAGCUGUAGGUGAAUGCACGGCUGGCGGCUGUGGGUGCGGAGAGGGCUAUUUCACGACACGAGAGACGACAGGCCGGCUCUGACACAAUUGCGUCUCGUUGAUGCACCGCAGGAGCAUUUCUGUGUACAGCUGCAGCCAGCGUGGUGUGGCGUCUCACUAUGCCCAUUCCUCUACGUGUCACUCUCUGGUUCCUCACGUGCACCGGCCCCAGAUUCGAUCACAGUGGCUGCGACAUGUCAAGGUCUACCCAGUAUCGCGAGAAGCUCAUUCGCCUGUGAGAGCAAGACUGUCCUUCAGGCUAUAGGUAAUACUAUUCGCUCCCAGAGUUCGCUGCGAAUGAAACCCACCCUGAUCGAUCCCCAGCAACUCGUGCAGACGACCACAAUACACUGCAUAGCGCCUGACGCCAAGCUAACGAAGACUACAUAGUAACGACAAUGGUAUAUCCAAUAGCAUGCAGCCCUGCAUUUCACCAU